AUGGGUCUUGCUCUGUGGAAGCUCGGCCCCUCAGAAGCAGCCCUGCCCUUUCACGACAGCUACGGAGGCUCAGCAACCACAUACGGCUGGGCCUCUUCUAUCCUCCUCAGCUCGUUGGAGACAAACCUCGCCGGCGAGUGGUUGAAGGAUUACACCGCGGACAACCAGCUUGCUGGCACAAACAUCGCCAUGGUGAACUACACGCUGGCGAAGUUCCAGGAGCUCGGACUCGAGGACGCCUAUGUCGACCAGUAUACCGCAUACGUCUCCUAUCCUCUCGACAACUCCCUCUCGUUGAUCGACAACAGCUCCGCUGUCGUGUACAAGCCGACAUUGAUCGAAGACGAGCUCGAAGAGGACCCGAACUCGUCCUACUACGUUCCUGCGUUCUUUGGCUACGCCGCUUCGGGCAAUGUCACGGCCGAAUACGUCUACUGCAACUACGGGACGUACAAAGACUUCCAGGCGUUGCGGGAGCUCGGAGUGGACCUCGAGGGCAAGAUCGCCAUCAUACGGAUGGGCGCCAUCUUUCGUGGAUUGAAGGUCAAGUUUGCACAAGAGCAGGGCAUGUCUGCAGCCUUGUUGUACACCGACACCGCUGACGACGGUGAGAUCGUGGAGGAAAAUGGCUUCAAGCCCUACCCGCACGGAUUCGCACGUAACCCAUCCUCUAUCCAGAGGGGCUCUGUCACAUUUGGACUUGCCGGUGACCCUACUACCCCUGGUUAUGCAAUCAAGCCAGGAGAGAAAAAGCCACGGGAAGAUCCCUCUGGCCUUCCAAAAAUACCGGUUCUUCCAAUCUCGUACAGAGAUGUCAAGCCAAUCUUGGAGAAGCUAUCAGGCCACGGUCCAAAGAUUGACGGAUGGGAGGGCCGCAUCAAGGACUACGAUUAUUCUGUCGGUCCUAACGCCAACUAUACGUUGAAUUUGUACAACAAGCAGGAGUUCAACAUCAGCAUCAUGAACAACAUCAUGGGCAAGAUCACAGGUUUGGACGACAGCAAGUUUAUUCUCAUUGGCAAUCACCACGACUCCUGGACCCCGGCAGCGGCAGACCCGCACGCUGGUUCCGCAUCCAUGUUGGAAAUCAUUAGAGCAUUCGGCGACUUGGUGAAGACUGGGUGGCAACCCAAGAUCUCCAUUGUCUUUGCCAGUUGGGACGGUGAAGAGUACGCGUUGCUUGGCUCAACUGAGUACGCCGAGUACUAUCAACACGAGCUAAAGAGAAAGUGCGUUGCGUACAUCAACACCGAUGCUGCUGUCAUCGGACCGAUUUUAUCGCUGGAAGCCUCUCCUUUGUUGAAUGACCUUCUCUUGGAAACUACCAAGGAAUUGCAGUAUCCUAACUCGACGAUAACCCUCUACGACCAUUUCAUGGACAAGGCGGGCGGUAAAAUCGGCACUUUGGGCUCUGGAUCUGACUUCACUGUCUUUUUGGAGCAUUUGGGGAUCCCUUCUGUGGACCUGAAUUUCGGAAACGACCCAACCAAAUCUUCUGUCUACCAAUACCACUCUCUAUACGAUUCCUACUAUUGGAUGUCCAAGUUUGGGGACCCUGGCUUUGUCUUCCACAAUAUGAUGGCCAAAUAUAUCUCAUUGCUCAUUCUCCAUCUUUCUGAUGAACCUGUUUUAAGACUCAGGACCCACAACUAUGCUGUAGAGCUGCAAAAAUACUACCAUGACUUAGAAAUUCCAUCUCAAUGGUGGAACCAAACUCAAGGAAAGCAUUGUGGCCAUGGGGGAUCUCCAUCCAAAGAGUCCUUUGAAACGAAAAAAAAGUAUCACCCUCUCAAAAAGUUGAUCAAGAAGGUGGACAAGAAGAUGCAGGUUCUUGAGUUGAAGACCGCCGAGUUUGAUGACUACUUGUGGGAGCUUGUGGACAUGUAUGACCACUGGGAUUCCUUGACAUACUGGCAGAGGAUCAAGCUUUACUUCAAGACCAAGGGAGCCAACUCGGUUUUGCAGUACUUUGAGAGACAUUUCCUUGACCACAAGGGUUUGAACAAUAGACCAUGGUUUAAGCACGUGGUAUAUGCGAGCGGAAGAUACACUGGAUACAAGGGUCAAGAACUCCCUGGAUUAGCGGAAGCUAUCGAAGAUUACAAUCUCGACGAUUUCACCGAGAGGUUGGGCAAGUUGAGCGAGAUUUUGGACACCCUCUUGAGAAUGUGUUCUUUGUGA